AUGGAUUUCCAGCAGGCACCCUCCCGCGAGGCGUAUCUUGUAUUAGACGCUAUCGCCAAUUUCAACAAUUAUCUCGAAGCAUUGGUCACCCAGUUCUCCUACACUACCGUUCAGCCGGCGUCCACAUCCCGCAUCUUGGAGAUCUUGAAUGACAGAGCAGCUGGUCUGCUCAUCCUGCUGACCAUUGCCUCUGUGGCUGUGCCGCUACUUGGCGAAUUGACCAUCGCUGGUGCCAGUGUUGCUGCCACUACUCAGGCCGUAGGUGCCGGCGCAGGUGCUGCAGCUGGUGUACAGAGUGGAAUAUUACCCGCCGUUGCGAAUGCCUUACCAUCAGCACACGCCCUCGUCAAUCCGAAUGCAUACAAUGUGGAGGACGUGAGCAGCUUCAUGCUACAGCAAUACGUUUUCAACGCUAUCAACUUUCUGUGGAAGCAAGAGAAAACUUAUAUCCUAGCUGCAGAUUCAUCCGAUUGCGGUAAUGACCAGCGAGGACCUCAAGAGUCGUAUAUCGUACUUCCGAGAGACCAAAUACCCAACAUAGGAACCGAGUAUAAAGGUGUCAUAAAGGAAGGGGACUUAUUUGAUAAAGGUGACGAGCCAGCGCGUGAAGAUUGGGGCGAAGAUGGGCGAGGCGUUGAAGAUGCCGUUGAUACGAUCCUGCCAGAAGGUGGAGCCGUAGGUCUAUAUAAGUUAGAGAUUCGGGUUUUGUGUAGAGUCAACGGCUUGAGAGAGGAUGCACGUAACUGA